UAUUACUUGGCCCACCAGCCACGGUGAAGCUCGCGGAAAGCGUGGCGUAGGGCCGUGUAGGCGGACGGUAUAUUCUGUCCUUCGUUGGCGUAAACAACCAUUCUACCUUUGCGCGAAUCUCCACCACGACCUUCGCUGUCUGUUUAUCGCCUAUUCGCUUUGUUUUCUCUGUAACCGAAGUUAGGUUUCUCUGCGAAAGAUCGUCUUCAAAAGGGAGAGAGUUUCAGGCAUAAUUUGGUGAUUUUAGCAAGAUUUGGUCCUCUAUACUGUUUGUGUUAUGACCUAUCUUCAGGAGCUUGUUGAGGUUGUCUGUUUUAUGAAUUGAGUCUAAUGAUUGAAAAUUAGGAUGGAUAAAAAACAGCACAUUGCAAUCUUUACUACCGCAAGCCUUCCAUGGAUGACUGGAACUGCUGUCAAUCCUCUGUUUCGUGCUGUCUAUCUGGCAAAAGAUGGGGAAAGAAAGGUUACUUUGGUAAUUCCUUGGUUAUCUUUGAAACAUCAACUGCUAGUAUACCCCAACAAUAUCACGUUCAGGUCACCUUCUGAACAAGAGAAAUAUGUACGACAGUGGGUUGAGGAGAGUACUGGGUUUAUAUCUGGCUUCAAUAUAAAGUUUUAUCCAGGAAAGUUUGCUGUUGAUAAAAGGAGCAUUCUUGCUGUAGGAGAUAUCUCAGAAGCUAUCCCUGAUGAAGAGGCGGAUAUUGCUGUCCUAGAGGAGCCAGAGCAUCUUACAUGGUUUCAUCAUGGGAAGAGAUGGAAAACUAAAUUCCGCCUUGUCAUAGGAAUUAUACACACCAAUUAUUUGGAGUAUGUGAAGAGAGAGAAGAAUGUGAUGCAGGCGUUUCUUCUCAAAUAUGUUAAUAGCUGGCUUGUUAGUAUCUAUUGCCACAAGGUUAUUAGGCUGUCUGCUGCCACCCAAGAUUAUCCUAGAUCCAUCGUUUGCAAUGUUCAUGGAGUCAAUCCCAAGUUCCUGAAUAUUGGUGAAAAAAAGAUAGAGCAACAACACAGGGGGAGCCCAGCCUUUACCAAAGGUGCUUACUAUAUUGGGAAGAUGGUGUGGAGCAAAGGCUACAAGGAGCUUCUUAAACUUCUUCAUGAUCACCAAGAGGAGCUCAGUGGGCUGGCAGUUGAUUUGUUUGGCAAUGGAGAGGACUCAGAUCAAGUCAAGGAAGCUGCUAAAAAGUUGGAACUAAUGGUCAGAGUUUACCCUGGGCGUGAUCAUGCUGACCCCCAGUUCCAUGAUUAUAAAGUCUUCCUCAACCCAAGCACUACCGAUGUGGUUUGCACGGCCUCAGCUGAAGCAUUGGCAAUGGGCAAAAUUGUUGUGUGCGCUAAUCACCCAUCAAACGACUUCUUUAGGCAAUUCCCAAAUUGCCAAACUUUUGAUGACGGCAAUGGGUUUGUCAAUGCCACAUCCAUGGCACUGGCUGAAGAGCCUGCCCAGCUGACAGAUACUGAGAGGUAUGAGCUGUCAUGGGAGGCUGCCACUGAAAGAUUUUUAAGAGCUGCUGAGGUGGACCAAAGAUUCUCAAAGAAGCUGGCUAAAAUUCCUUCUAGGUCCUUUGCAUCCACUUCAUUGAAUCUGCGGAAGAACUUAGAGGAUGCGUCAGCAUAUCUGCAUUAUGCGGCAUCUGGGUUUGAAGUAUCGAGACAGGUAUUCGGGGCUAUUCCUGGAAGCUUGCGACCUGAUGAAGAGCAAUGCGAGGAACUCGGACUCCCAGUCUCUAGAGUGAAAUGAGGCUUGAAAUUUGAAUUACGAGGACUUGUUGGAUUAAAAUAAAACUGAAAGUUCUUCCUAGUUAAGCCUCGGGUAACGGGGAAGGCUGCAUGUAUAAUGGAUUUGCGAUUUAUCUGCUGCCUGUUGAUGAAUAAUAUUUGGAGCAUCGCAUGAUUUUUCUUGGCAUGUCUGCAAUGGAGGCCAUGAAGUUUGUCAUUUGGAGUGAUGAAUGGAAAAAUGAGAAUACUAGGAGAAAGCUCAUACUAUCGAAAUCAAUGUACAAACGCUAUGUUUGGAACUCCUAUUUGGUGAUUCCAGUGAUUUGUGACUCCAAUUAUUGUGGUUGUGUACAACGUCCCACUCGAUUCGGGUGCAUGAAAAGAAACCAUCCAUGGAUCUCUAUUGCAUAAGUUGGCACGGUUAGUCUUGUAAAGAAAAAAAAAUCAACAAGGGUGGAGCCACUGGCAUAUCUUCGCUCCGCUGGCUACAAAAGCUUACUUCUCCUUUACUGCUCAAAAUGAUCAUGCCAGUAGUACUUAUCGCCAAAUGAAAUGGUUAUUGCUUCUGUUUUCAGA